AUGUCUGAGGGCAGCAAGGGGAGCUCGCGGGCCUUCGGCCAGGUGGUCAUCGGGCCUCCCGGGUCCCGGAAGACCAACCACCUGGCUGCGGUGCAUUUGGUGGAUUCUCACUACUGCACGGACCCUGGCAAGUUCAUCUCCGUUCUCUGCACCUCGCUCUCCACCAUGCUGCAUGUGGAACUGCCCCAUGUCAACGUCCUCUCCAAGAUGGACCUGAUCGAGCAAUACGGCAAGCUGGCUUUCAACCUGGAUUAUUACACAGAGGUCCUGGACCUGUCUUACUUGGUUGACCAUUUAGCUUCCGACCCCUUCUUCAGAAACUACCGCCGCCUCAAUGAGAAGCUGGUGGAGGUGAUCGAGGACUACAGCCUGGUGUCCUUCGUUCCGCUCAACGUCCAGGACAAGGAGAGCAUGCGGCAGGUGAUGCAGGCGGUGGACAAAGCCAACGGCUAUUCCUUCGGAGAGCAGGAGCACAGGAGCCUGGAAGCUCUGAUGUCGGCAGCAGUGGGAGCCGAUUUCCACUUUACUUCCACACUUGCAGUGCAGGAGAAGUAUGUGCAAUCUCAGGACAAAGCCGUGGAAGAAGAAGUGAUGGAUCUGUGA